AUGGCACCCAGAAUUCAUAACCGCAAAAUGCGCGUAUUGGAUUUACGUCGUUUAAUUGAGUUGCAGGUUUCGUCUAAAAUUGCCAGCAAAUUCAAACAACUAAUAACCAUGUAUCCUUGGAUCAAUUCUCGUGGAGGCAAUAAUGGUGGCGGCGGUGGUAGUAACUCAUGGGGAAGUGGAAGAGGUGGCCCCUGGCGAGGCGGAGGAGGAGGAAGAGGCGAAGGUGGUGGUGGUAGAGGUACUCCCUGGGGAGGAGGCGGCAGUUGGGCAACCGAGAAGAGCCCAGAAGAAGAAGAGUCCGAAAAAACUCUCGACGCAAUAAGGGAGUUGUUUAGAAACGAUACUCGCUUUACAUGCGAAAACCCACUCGGAGAUAUUCAUAACGGCGCAGCGAUGAUUAUCAAGGAGGAGUGUACUGUGGAAGGGCAACCGAGGGUACGAAGAUUCGUCGUUAAGGCUGGAAUAUCCGGCGCCCAUCACAGCGUCAGAAAGGAGACGCGGCACUUAAAUAGUCUCGCCUUCGCAGAGCACAUACCUCGUAUUAUCGCAUUCCAAGAUCAUCCACUUAUGAACCUCGGGGUUCCCCUUUUCGUUUCGGAGUAUCUAGAGCACGGGACUCUAAGCCGAUUCCAGGAGAGAUUAAGAAGAGCAGACCAAGUCUUACCAAAUCGUAUUCUAUGGUCUAUAUUCCUCUGCCGUAAGACCGAACUUGAACUAUUGUCGACGUGGGCUAAUUGGUACAUAGUAAUACGCGCAUGCAUAGGAAUGGCUUGGCCUCCACCCGGUCCAAAUGUAGAGCCAGAGCAAACUAGACCAGACGAUCCGACGACACUCGCACAUAACGACAUGCAUAACGAAAAUCUUGUCUUUGGAGACCUAGACGUGGUUUCGAUCGAACCUAACUCGAGCGACCAUUCCCUCAUGCCAAUACUGAAACUAAUCAACUUUGGUGAGUCGGUUGAAUUGCCUGAAGGGACUGACGAAUACCGUUUAAAUGAGACCCAUGUUAACCAGCACGAUAGGGCGUUGAAUCUAGCAGCACACAGACGUAAUAGGAGUACAGACAAGAACGUAUUAGAUGUAGGGGUCAAUAUGAGCCAAAUUAUUUCUCAACGUAGAUCAGUUUUCCCCAACGAAGCCCGCGCACUAAUCCGAGACCCCGAUAUCCACCCCAGCCUCGAUCCAGACCUCCGGUUGUUAGUCCAAAGGUGUAUUGCUGUUGACCCUCUCAACAGGCCCACGUUGGAUGAGUUGAUGGAAUUGUUUAACAAUUCCUACUUUAACAGGCCUGCAAGUUACUAUGGCGCCGCUGGGGAAGGAGAUGGGCUCGAGUCUGACGAAACUAUAAGGAAGAUAGUUUCCACAUACAUCUUGAGCGCUGAUACAUCAUAA